AUGGAGUUCAAUGUCGAAGGCAAUCCCCGAGCCCCGUCCAUAGCCAACCAGGACCCGAUGGCCCUCAAAAGUAUUCUGAACCCAGUCAUCAAAGACGAGGCGAAUCCCAGCGAGGCGAAUUCCAGCGAGGCGGGGUCUUUUGAUGAGUCCAUCAACCGCCUGGCAAUCUCGAUCAAUUUCCAGACAACUCAAGACAACAGCCGCGCCCGAGAUGGACAGAGCUACCAGCUAUCGAGAUAUGUCAGCCUAAAUGAUCACAUGCCUCGUCGCGUCCAUUCUCAAAUCGGCCAUCGUCAUCCGCGCUGCCUGCACGAUGCUCGCUCACUAAGCCGUCGUUGUCAGAUCCGACGAGAGCGUUCGCCUACAGAUCGUAGACCGAGAGGGCCCAACGCCAACAAGGAGUACACCCGUGAGCAAACUGAUUGGAUCCGCUACAUGAAAGAAGACUGUAACGUGGGGUGGAAAUUCCACGCGUCGAAAUUUGCUCAGCAGUUCCCAGACGUGCGGGAAACUAACCAGGGCUUCUCGUCUCGGUACUACCGAGAUAACACUGUGCCACGACCUGAUGAGAAUUGGAAUACAAUCAUCGGAAAGGAUGGCAAAGCGGAACUUAUUAUUGCCUCUGUCCGGAGCAGGUCGACACCAGAAGGCAGGGCCCUUGACAUUCCUUACACUCUUAUUGAAAAACAUCCGGAGCGUGCCCUCCAGUAUAGCUGGGUGAGCGAGGAGCAUAAGGCGGAGGCUAGGAGAAUCGAGCUGGGGCUCGCAAGCAAGGGUAACAAGGCGAAGUGGCGCGCCCUCAUCCGUCGGGUUGAGGCUGAGGGUCUCUGA